AGGUCUGACCUUAAUUUAUGCCUCCCACGGUCACACCUAUGCUGUCCGCAUGCACCACGCGAGAAGAUAAACAAAUGGCAUCAAGUUCCCCGCCCAAAGAGCCAAUGCCAGGAAAGCAACGUCUUUUUCUAGACAGCGCCGAGCUCUGCUCCUGCUACAUAUCUCAUCGAUCACCAGUGCGCACGCUCUUGGAUUAUCCAUGGUUCAUAACUCAUAAGCAUCUGUCCCGCGGCACCAGAGGGGGCAGGAUGUUCCGAGCAGUGAAGCAUGCCGUCGUCUGGGCGAAGAGGAGCCGAGCGCGAGCUGAGCCCGCGGCCUUGUCUGCCUUCGCCAGCCACUUCUCCGCGGCUUCCACCUCGCAGAGGUUGGCCGGGAAGGUCGCCGUGAUCACCGGCGGCGCCAGCGGCCUCGGCAAGGCGACUGCCGCGGAGUUCGUCAGGAACGGCGCCAAGGUCGUCCUCGCCGACGUCCAGGACGACCUCGGCCACGCCGUCGCCGCCGAGCUCGGCCAUGACUCCGCAUGCUACACGCGCUGCGACGUGACGGACGAGGCGCAGGUCGCCGCGGCCGUGGACCUCGCCGUGGCGCGGCACGGCCGGCUCGACGUCAUGUUCAACAACGCCGGCAUCAGCGGCGCCCUCACGCCCGUCCCCCUCGGCUCCCUGGACCUCGCCGACUUCGACCGCGUCAUGGCGGUGAACGCGCGGGCCGUGCUCGCGGGCGUCAAGCACGCCGCGCGCGUCAUGGUCCCUCGCCGCAGCGGCAGCAUCAUCUGCACGGCCAGCACGGCGGCGGUGCUGGGUGGCGUGGCGUUCCCGGCGUACAGCGUGUCGAAGGCGGCGGUGGUGGGGCUCGUGCGCGCCGUGGCGGGGGAGAUGGCGCGCGCCGGGGUGCGCGUGAACGCCAUCUCGCCCAACUACAUCCCGACGCCGAUGGUGAUGGGGUACAUGGCCGAGUCCUACCCCGGGGCGAGCGCCGAGGAGCGCAGGCGGAUCGUGGAGAGGGACAUGAACGAGAUGGGCGGGCCGGCGCUCGCGGCGGAGGACGUCGCCCGCGCGGCGGUGUACCUGGCGUCCGACGAGGCCGGGUACGUGAACGGGCAUAACCUCGUGGUCGACGGCGGGUUCACCGUCGGCAAGACGCCGAAAAUGCCGGCGCCGUGACGUUGAUAGGUCUUGAUGCGAUGAAGUGUUCUGCCUCGGACCAAAACCGGACAUGUUCGUUCUUCAACAUUGCAGUUGGGCAAACCUGUUACGCUUCAUAGUACUCCCUCUGUUUUUCUAGUCUGCUUAUAAAAUUGUCUGAAGUUAAGCUUUGUGAAAUUUGACCAACUUUAUGAAAGAAAAUGUCAACAUCCACAAUAGAAAAUCAAUAUUAUUAGGCUGUCUACUUUACAGCCGGAUGAAAA